ACAUGUUCUACACACAUGUGCUUAUGAGUAAGCGAGGGCCAUUGGCCAAAAUCUGGCUUGCAGCUCACUGGGAGAAGAAACUCACAAAGGCUCAUGUAUUUGAAUGUAAUAUAGAGAUAACCAUUGAAAAAAUUAUUUCACCUAAGGUGAAAAUUGCACUUCGAACUUCAGGACACCUUCUUUUGGGAGUUGUUCGAAUCUAUAAUAGGAAGGCAAAAUAUCUUUUGGCAGACUGCAGUGAAGCAUUGGUCAAAAUGAAGAUGACAUUUCGCCCAGGACUAGUUGACCUUCCAAAAGAGAAUUUUGAAGCAGCUUACAAUGCUAUCACCCUGCCAGAAGAAUUUCAUGAUUUUGACAGCCAGAAUGUGAAUGCUAUUGAUGUUUCAGAACAAUUUAUUCAGAACCAAAGCAAACCAGAAGAAAUCACACUUAGAGAUGAUUAUGGCAAUAAUCUACUUUUCCAAGCUGGAAGCAUUGGGGAGGAUACUGAAAUUCUUAGAAGACAUAGCUUCUUUGAUGACAACAUAUUGCUGAAUUCCAGUGGUCCUUUAGUUGAACAUAGUUCUGAAAGCCUCGUUGGAGAAAAAUCUCUCCUCUGUGACAGUGGAGAUGGAUUUGGAGAUGAAGGGGCUGCAGGAGAUAUGAUUGACAUUUUAUUGCAAGAUGAUGAGAAUAUCCUGUUAGAAGACAUACAUUUGAACGGAGAAAUUUCCCUGCCUCCUGAGCCUACUGAUAUUAUAGUGGUAGAACCAGAUAAUCCAGAGUGUAUAUGUCUACCUGAAAAUGAAGAAAUGGAUGCAACCACAUUAUCAAAAGAGGAAGAAAUAUUUAUCCUUGAUCCAAUUGUUGCUUCAGACAUUGCAUGGAAAAGAAAAAGCAAAAAGAGGAAAUUGCUCAUAGAUCCAGUCAAGGAGAUCAGUAGCAAAAUUAUGUAUAAACAGCUUACUUGCUUUACUGACACACUCGCAGUUUUGGAACUUGCUCCUCCUACCCAAAGACUGAUGAUGUGGAAGAAGAAGGGAGGAGUCGAUACACUUCUGUCAACUGCUAACCAGGAUUUGAUUCAUACUGAACUGAAAAUGUUGUUUACAAAACGUUUUCUGUCCUCUGACUUUAAACUUGGAAGAAAAUUGAUACAAGAGUCAGUAAGGGAAGAACUCAGAAGCAGACACAUAAUAGAGGCCUCCAUCAUGGAAGAGCCAAAUUCCCAGCAAGAAUUAAUUCAACCCAAAACUUGGAACAAUGUGAUUAAUGGACCUAAUUGUAGUCCUCAUGAUGAUACCAAUGAAAAUAUGAACUCUGAGCAGGAUAUUGUUGAAAUAGUUUCUUCAGCUGCUGAAGGAUCCUUUUCAGUGAAUGCCACCUUUGCACAAGAAAUUGAAAAUUGUCCAGUGGAAUUGGAGUCAUUGGGAAAUGAACAAAAUCCUGAGAUAGAAAGAUGGAAUCGAAGAAUGCUUCAGAUGUUAAGUAGUUUGCGGGAUGCCAACUAUCUCUUUAAGAAGGAAACCCCAGCCCCGGCGAGCACCCAGUUAGCCUCCUCCAGCAGGGGCUCCGGAGAGCAGCUCGGCAGCCCGGGCAGGGCGGCAGAAGCCAUGGAAGCCUCCGCAGGUGAUGACAGGGACCCCGGGGACCUCCGGGCCCACCGCCCAGCUGCGCCCGCCGCAGCCCAGAGUGCCAAGUUGCUGAUCAGGGCCAGGCAGCUGCAGCAGCGUGUGCAGAGGCGCUGCGCCAAGCCCGGCCGAAGUGGGGCGAGCCGGCGGGGCUGCGGAGGGCGAGUGGACUCAGGUGAGGAGGCCACGGCGAGCCGGGAGGGGGCCCUGCGCUGCACCGCGGCGGGUGGGGGCCGCUUGCUGCGGUAG